AAAACAAUAUCAAAAACAAACUGCAACAGCAAAACCAAAAUCAUAAUACCAAUCUUCUAUGUAUCCCCGUGCAAAAUCGAACUGAAAAUCGCUCUGAAAAACCAAAAUGAAUGAAUGAUGAUAAAAUUGAAUCAAAAUAUAAACAACAUGUUGCCCACCAACCGACCAACCGUGGAAUCGACCACCAGGAUUCAAACGGCCGCCGACAUGCGCUACCUGCACGACUUGAACGUCCAAAUAUCCCAGAAUCGCCGAUCCGUCUCCGUUUCCAAGCAGUUGGACCGGGAUCUGUGCAACCAGCACUUCGACACCUUCGAGACGUUCUGGGGACGACCAGGACACGGAGCCCGAGGCGACAAGAUCAACAAGUUGAAGUUGGACAAUCUGCUGUACGGGGCCAGCGAGUCGGCCUAAAGCCAGAUGUCCGAUGUCUGAUAUCUGGAUUGUUAAGGAUUUAUUAGGGAUAUAUCCUCAUCGGAUCACCGCUUCUUCCGGCACAGGCUCGUAGUUUGUGUGCUCCCAGCCAUCUGCUCAGAAAUUAAUCGAUGCCAAGGCCCCGCAGAGUGAAUUAAACAGUUCAAAUGAUCCAAAACAGACUUGGGAAAGCUCUCGGCAGGUUGCUAUUGGAGUUUCUUCCCAGAGAUACUAAACUUAGUAAUAGUUUAAAUUCCACAUUUACAGAAAUGUACACUGCAACCCGAGUCCCGCUCUCUUGCUCAAUUUAAACUUUGCCAACUUGCUGCGUCUGGUAAGAUGACCAAAGUUUUGAUUAGAUCAGAUGGAAUAGUAAAAAAACAAGUAAGACUCAAAGGGCGAGAUUAUCUGAAAACCAGCUAAGCAGAUUUA